AUGGCAAAUACACAGUCUAGAAUUGAUUUAUUGGAAGAACAGAAUUCCAAGCUUGUAGCCAAGAUUACUGAACUUAGGGAGAAGAAUGCUGUACUCUUGGCUGAGAAUAUCGAGAUUAAAGCUGAUAAUGUGAAGUUGAAGCAAGCUUUAGAAAAGUAUGAGGCGAGAUUCGUAAAUCUGGAACAGAAAGAUAAAGAAAAGACCAGUCUUAUUGCCAAAUUAGAUGAUGAUAUAAAGGAAAUCAAACAAUCUUCGUGUCAACCAAUCUAUACAAAACCUAAAUCAUUGGAAGAAAAAGAGGUUGAUAGAUUCCUGGAUUCAACGUAUAGGGAAAGUAUUUCUACAUUACCGAAUAAGAAUGUUUCCAUAUCCGAAGCAGAGAAAUUACUACUUAAUCGUAAUAAAGAUAUAAAUGUUCAGGAUACAAAGCUUUCUUCUGAAUCGUCUAUUAUUUCUUCUUCCACUCAGGCACAAAUUGUCAUCUCCCCUAAAAUCCCUUAUAAUCAAAAAGUAGAACAGAGUUUAAUAAGUGAGUUGUUUGAAUUUAUUAGAAGUAAUAACUCCCUAUCUUUACGAACUUCAAAUUCUAUAUCUGGCAAACAAAUUUUUGACAUGUUUAAAAACAAUAUGACAUAUGUGGGUGAUUUAACUAUAGGUACCACGCCUUAUCUAGCACAUUUAUUCAAUAAGGCCGAAAAAACUAGUAGGAAAGAAAAAUUACAAUGGUAUUAUUAUAGUGAAGAAUACGAAAAAAAGGUCAAAACUAUUGGUUUGGAAAACAAUAUUAGCGAUCAAAUGGCAAGAACACAAAUUUACGAUGAGAUGAUGCCAUAUCUACCUGGUAUUAAGAGAGAGUAUUUACGCAAGAUGACCCAAAAGGCUAAGAACAUUUAUAUAUUGUUUAAAGGAAUAGAUUACUUCGACGAGUAUACUGUUGAUAGCUGGUCCUACUCAAGCUUUAUCCGCUACGCUCUUAACAAAAGGUUGCUUCCGUUUGACCCUGUAAAAGUCUAUAAUUAUAAGUACAAGAAGUGUCUGGAUUUUAUUGAACAAAAUUACGAUCCUUUGGAGCGUUCAAAGGCAAUUUCACUAAAGGAAUCGUUUAGGCCAGGUCAAUACUAUACGGAGUGUCCUCGCGCCACUCUGGGUUUCCUUGGCGUGUUGCUACUACUGUGCUCUAUUAAACAAGCAUCGAUACUAUACGGGGUGUCCUCGCGCCACCCUGGGUUUCCUCGUCGCACGAUCGAUUGUUAA